AUGAUGAACCGCGCCGGCGAGGGCCAGUUGCCUCCACCACCGUCUCCACCUCCACCUCCAUCUCCACCACCACAUGAGUUCGACGUUGAACCAGAGUCUGCAGAGAACGAAGCGUGCGAGGAGGCGGCGCUAGCGGACACCAUAGCAGUGUUCGACGCCGCCACGGCGAAAGAGGCGCGCCGAUGCCGGGCGGAUGAGAUGGGCGAGCGGCGGUGUGCAGAGCGGGAGCAGCGGCGCCGCCGUGCAUACGAGAUGGAGCUUUGGUGGCAUGUAGACGAGUUGUAUGAGCAGCGGCGCAUUGAGGAACUGCAGGAGCGGAUGCAGGAGCUUCAUCAACGGCAGCGGCGGGAGGCGCUAGAGCAGCAGCUACGAGAGGACGCGAUGGCAGUGGAAGCGGCGGCCUGGGAGGCGGAGGCGGAUGCGUUGCGGCAGGAGGCGCUGGAGCAGCAGCUACGGGAGGACGCGAUGGCAGCGGAAGCGGCGGCCUAG